CCAUUAUUAAACCCUUUCAAUCUCUUCCAUUCAUCGCCUUUCCCAUUUCCUCCCACUGUUGUUGUUCUUCCUCUUCUCGCUGUUCCCAUCUCCUUCGUUUUUGGGUUUCAGUGGACGUCUACAAUGCACCGAUUCGCCUCAGGCCUCGCUUCCAAAGCCCGUCUUGCUAGGAACGGUGCCAAUCAGGUGGCUAGUAGGUCUAACUGGAGCAGAAACUAUGCGGCGAAAGACGUUAAAUUUGGGGUGGAGGCUCGAGGUCUUAUGCUCAAGGGUGUUGAGGAUCUUGCUGAUGCCGUUAAAGUUACAAUGGGUCCGAAGGGGCGCACUGUAGUGAUUGAACAAAGUUUUGGGGCUCCCAAAGUUACAAAAGAUGGUGUGACCGUCGCCAAAAGUAUCGAGUUUAAAGAUAAAGUUAAAAAUGUUGGUGCCAGUCUUGUGAAGCAGGUUGCUAACGCGACCAAUGAUGUAGCAGGCGAUGGGACCACUUGUGCUACUAUUCUCACAAAAGCAAUAUUUGCGGAGGGCUGCAAGUCUGUUGCUGCUGGAAUGAAUGCCAUGGAUUUAAGACGUGGUAUCUCCAUGGCUGUUGAUUCAGUUGUGACCAACUUGAAGAGUAGAGCACGAAUGAUAAGCACAUCAGAAGAGAUAGCACAGGUCGGGACAAUAUCUGCAAAUGGUGAAAGAGAAAUUGGUGAGUUAAUUGCCAAAGCCAUGGAGAAAGUUGGCAAGGAGGGCGUGAUCACCAUCUCUGAUGGGAAGACAAUGGAUAACGAGUUGGAAGUCGUUGAAGGGAUGAAGUUAGAUAGGGGAUAUAUUUCCCCUUACUUCAUUACAAACCAGAAGAACCAGAAAUGUGAAUUGGACGAUCCUCUUAUUAUAAUCUAUGAAAAGAAAAUCUCAAGCAUAAAUGCUGUGGUGAAAGUUUUGGAGUUGGCUCUGAAGAAGCAAAGGCCCCUUCUUAUUGUUUCCGAAGAUGUUGAAAGUGAGGCACUAGCUACUCUUAUCCUGAAUAAGCUUCGUGCUGGAAUUAAGGUCUGUGCCAUUAAAGCACCAGGUUUUGGCGAAAAUAGGAAGGCCGGACUGCAGGACCUUGCAGUUCUCACGGGUGGUCAAGUCAUUACUGAAGAGCUUGGAAUGAAUCUCGAGAAAGUCGAUCUGGACAUGCUUGGCUCUUGCAAGAAGAUCACAAUUUCAAAGGAUGAUACAGUUAUUCUUGAUGGCGCUGGUGACAAGAAGGCUAUUGAGGAAAGAUGUGAACAGAUAAGGUCGGGUAUUGAAGCGAGCACUUCCGAUUACGACAAGGAAAAAUUACAGGAGAGAUUAGCGAAACUCUCUGGCGGUGUAGCUGUAUUGAAGAUUGGAGGAGCAAGUGAAGCAGAAGUGGGCGAGAAGAAGGAUAGAGUCACCGAUGCUUUGAAUGCCACAAAAGCAGCUGUUGAAGAAGGAAUAGUACCAGGAGGUGGUGUUGCUCUUUUGUAUGCAUCCAAAGAAUUAGAUAAACUUCCAACUGCCAACUUUGAUCAGAAGAUUGGUGUCCAGAUUAUUCAGAAUGCUCUAAAGACACCUGUACACACGAUUGCAUCGAAUGCGGGAGUCGAGGGAGCCGUUGUGGUUGGUAAGCUCUUGGAGCAGGACGACCCUGAUCUUGGUUAUGAUGCUGCAAAGGGUGAAUAUGUAGACAUGGUCAAAGCUGGCAUCAUCGACCCUCUGAAAGUAAUCAGAACUGCACUAGUUGACGCCGCAAGUGUUUCCUCUUUGAUGACAACAACCGAAGCGGUCGUAGUCGAACUCCCUAAGGACGAAAAGGAAGUUCCAGCAAUGGGUGGUGGCAUGGGCGGAAUGGAUUACUAACCAAAGCAGCCAUCAAUAGUUAUACCUUCCACAUAUGUCUAGUAGCUCGACAUACCGACAUGUCGCGACCGAUGUUGUUUGAAAUUUCCCUGGUUCUUCUUGGUUUAGCUGUUGGAAUGCCAUUUGUUUCAUAAUUGGCAGAUUUUAAUCCCGUGAUGAUGACAUUUUUUUUUCGAUGAGUUGGAAAAUUAUUAGGCAAAAAUGAAUGUAGCUCAAGUGUUGAAUAAAAAAAAAAAAUCUUUCACUAUUUCCUUCCUCA